GUCAUCGGAGCUGAAUUUUUCGUGCUAAAGCUGCGCAAUGUUAUCUCCGGUAUGCUGCUUCACUAAUGGAUGAUUCGCACUCCUGCCGCAACCAAAUGUUGGUUUUACAAACAUGAUACCCAAUACCAAUCCUUGUUAACCACCAUUCAGUAAGCUGUGAUCAAAGGUGCCUGCUUUUCUUUUACCAUCACUUUGUUACCAACACGCAUCAGCUUCUUCCAGCUGCGUUGCCUUACACUCUUUUUACUUUGCAUCUCUCACUUUUACAUGCUCCAUUGAUUUAAUCUCUUUAUUACUUCACCGACGAACGACCUUUGAUCUCUGCGAUUGGAAGAAGCGUAAAGGGGCUCGCCUGUGUCGCCGCUUGCUGCUACCUUCCUUCCUGGACGGCAUGGGGCCGGCGUUCUCGCCAUGAGAUUUGCAGGGAUUUACGUUGGAGGGAGCAAGGUGGUGCAUUUCACGAGGAAGAAGGAGGCAGGGACGGCAGGUCUGGACUCGGCGAUCGCCAUCUCCAGCCUCCUCUCGCAGGGCUCGCCGGAGUGCCCCACCUUCCCGGACUGCGGCUUCCAGCUCCCGGACAGCGGCGUCGUCCUCACCUGCGUCGACUGCUUCCUCCGCGGCGGCUCCCUCCACGGCUUCGAGUACGGCGUCCCGCCGGCGGUGUUCCUCGCCAAGCUCCGCGGCGGCACCUGCACCACCGCCGCCGCCGACCCGCCGGACGCCGUCGUCCGCCGCGCCAUGCACCUGCUCCAGAACGGGUUCGGCAGCUACGACGUGUUCGAGAACAACUGCGAGGACUUCGCGCUCUACUGCAAGACGGGCCUCCUCCCCGCCGACGAGCCGGGCAGCAUCGGCCGGAGCGGCCAGGCGUCGUCGGCGAUCGGCGUCCCGCUGGCGGCGCUCCUCUCCACGCCGUUCAAGCUGCUCGCCGCCGGCCCCCUCGGCAUGGCCGCCGUCACCGCCGGGAUGUACUGCGCCGGCAGGUACAUCACCGACAUCGGGGUGAGGAAGGACGUCGUCAAGGUGGAGGUGGAGAACCUGUCGGCGCAUCUUGGCUGGCGUCGCGCCAAAGCCGAGGAAGAAAUGGCCAUGAAAAAACAGCAGCCUUCAUCACAUGAUACUAAGGUCAAGAAGAGUUUACUUCCUCUCAAGAGAAAACGUGACAAUUUCUGCGAAAUUAUUACGAGCUGAAAUUCUACUACAAUUUGUAUGGUUUUGUGUGGAUAGGUUUUGGAGUUAAAAUGCAAUAAGUCCUGGAAAUAUAUGAAGCGUCAAGUGUGCUUUGAUUUAAUCAAGCAUUCGCUGUCUCUGUGUGUGUGUGAUAGAUAGAUCGAUCUGAUCAUGAAUUGGGUGUGCCAAGGAGAUUGGAUUGCUGUACCACUAUAGUAUUAUAGUCAGAAAAUUUACUCUCUCUCUCUCUCUCUCUCUCUCUCUCUCUCUCUCUCUCUCUUUUUCAUUUGAACCAUCUAGUAGUAUAUAUCUCUGUAUUCUGAUAAGCAAUAUCUCAAUAACAACUUUCAUGCAGAGUUGCAGACCA